AGCGGUCUGGCCGCGGGUGUGGGAGGGGGAGGAGAGGACGCCCGGGCGCCACGAGAGUAUGACGGGGCUACAGGCUCUGCUCGGCCUGCACCGCACGCUCACCUCCCGGCUCCGCUUGCGGUUCGGCACCUGGAACUGGGCCUGGCGGAGCUACUGCUGCGCCGCCUCCGCCGCGGUCCUAGCGCCGCUCGGCUUCGCGCUCCGCCAGCCCCCGGCUGUCGGCGGGAACAGCCUUGACCACAGGCAUCCGCGCAGUGGGCCCGCCCCGGUCGCCGCCCACCCGCGGCUGCAAUGGCACGAGGACGCCCGUUCCUUGAAGAAGCUGCCUGUGCACGUAGACUUGGUGAUCACCGAGGAGCAGGAGCCCAGCUUCUCCGACAUCGCAAGCCUCGUGGUGUGAUGUAUGGCAAUGGGCACUUCUUACAUUAGCGUCUACGACCACAAAGGAAUUUUCAAAAGAAAUAACUCCGGAUUGAUGGAUGAAAUUUUAAAACAACAGCAGGAACUUCUGGACAUAGAUGGUUCCAAAUACUCACCAGAAUUUGCAAAUCGUAAUGACGAAGAUUGCCAUUCGGCAGUGAAGGUGCUGUCCCCAGAAGAUGAAAAAGCAGAUAUUGUGAGAGCUGCUCAAGACUUUUGCCAGUUAGUAGCCCAGCAGCAAAAGAAAUCCACAGAUUUGGAUGUAGAUAUAUCGGACCGUUUACUUAGUUCGAAUGGUGCCCGUGGUCCUGAUUUAGUACUGAAGUUUGGUCCUGAGGACAGCACAUUAGGCUUUCUGCCCUGGCACAUCAGCCUGACAGAGAUUGUCUCUUUGCCUUCCCACCUAAACUUCAGUUAUGAGGACUUUUUCUCUGCCCUUCGUCAAUAUGCAGCCUGUGAACAGCAUCUGGGAAAGUAG